AUGGCUUACAUCUCUGGUGAUAAUCCUGCUCCAUCUCAGUUUGUUACAAAUGAGUCUGGGCAGCUUGAGGAAAAUCCAGUGUAUCCUGUGCAUAGGCAACAAGACAAGUUGCUUGCCUCGUGGUUGUUGACAACGGUUAGCAUGGAGGUUUUGCCACAUCUUACGGGGCUCACAUCCUCUCGCACAAUCUGGAAUGCAGUUUCAAGAUUGUUUGGAGUUCGUUCUAGUGCCAAGAUUUCUUCUCUAAGACACAACUUCCACUCUCAGAGGAAAGCUGGCUUGACUGUAAGUGAUUAUUUAGCCAAGAUCAAGACAAUCUGUGAUUUGUUGAAUGUUGUAGGUUGUGUUGUACCUGAACAAGAACAAGUAAGUGUGAUUCUUGCUGGGUUGUCAAUGGAAUUUGAGUCAAUUAUUGCUAUAGCAUCUCGUGAUGUAGUGUCACUGGAUAGUCUCACUGAAAUGCUCCUGGAUUGUGAGGCUAGGUAG